AUGUCCAAUGGCACCAAGGAACCCACCCUCCGGUUUGCAAGUGGGCUUAUUCUGCCUCCCCCAGAAAUCAAAUGUGAGGGUCUCGUCGCCCCCGGGGUCCGUGCAUUACCAGCUAACAUCGAUUCUGUAGCUGUUAUUGACAGGACUGCUCUGUUUGUGGCCCGCUCUGCCAACCCGCCGAUGUUCGAAGACAAAAUUCGCGAAAACCAGCGUCAGGAUCCCAAGUUCUCGUUCCUCAACCCUGCCGACCCUUAUCAUGCUUACUAUAGGCAUCGAAUGGACAGAAUAUCUGCUGGUGAGGAAUUGGAGGAGGUUCAACCCGAAAAGGAAAGGACCGAAGGUGUGGAGAUAGCUAAACCACCAGAGGACGUCGGGGUCGAGCCUCCUCAACCCCAAUUCGUUCUGGACAUACCCAACAUUACUUCCAUUGAUUUGGACACCAUGAAAUUGACUGCUCUCUUCACCGCCCGACGCGGGCGCGGCUUUCUGGCUGCUCUUUCGCAAAGAGAGGGUCGGAAUUACCAAUUUGACUUCUUACGUCCAAAUCAUUCGCUCUUUGGCUAUUUUAACCGUCUUGUAGAACAGUACCAGAAAGUACUGUACCCGAGCAAGGAAAUGUUGGCCCAGCUCCAUGAACGGGCGCAGGAGGGUGCCCAAUGGAAAGCCCUCGAACAGUCCAGGAAAUAUGCACGGUGGGAGCGGCUGAAGCAGGAGAAGGACAAAAAGAGGCAAGACGAUCAGGAGGCCGAGAAACUCGCGUUUGCGGAAAUUGAUUGGCACGACUACGCUAUAGUCCAAACGAUUGAAUUCACUGCGGCAGACGCAAACACAGAAUUGCCUCCGCCGAUGAGUCUCCAAGAGGUUGAAAACAUGACAUUGGCGCAAAAGAGGAUGGCCGCGAUGAUAAUGGAAAACACGGCAGAUGAGAUAGAGGCACACCGCGCAAGACAAGCUGCUGCAGAAGCAGAAGCAGCCGCUGCGGUAGGCUCGGCUGGUGCUGCUGUGGUUACAACAACAGAUAAUUUGGACGAGGACGCAGCCAUGGAAGAAAGUGAAGAUGAGGAUGAGGAAGCGCAGCGCAAGAAACGAGAAGAAGAAGAGAGAAUGAGAGAGUUGGAGCGCGCCAAGGCCAUCCAGGCCAGUGCUAACGUUGCGGGUCCGAUGAAGAUCAAGACGGACUACGUUCCAAAGCUCGGCUCUAAGAAGAAUGCGACACUCACGACUUGCGCCAUUUGCGGCCAGCAAAUUCCAGUGGACGAACUCGACGAGCACAUGCGGAUUGAGUUGCUGGAUCCCAAGUGGAAAUCUCAGAGGGAUGCUUUGGAAGCUCGCAAAGUACAGGCUUCGGAGCUGAUGCGCGGUGCGAACGUCGUCACGUCGCUCAAAAACCUUGCAAGCACGCGUGUCGAUAUAUUCGGUACAGGGGCCGAUGAAGAACGUAGGAAGAGAGAGGAAGAGGAAGAACGUGCUCGUCGCAAAGAAAGAGAGAAGGUUGUGUGGGACGGUCAUACGGCGACCAAAGUCAGCACGAUGGACAAAUACUCGACGAAUGUCAACUUUGACGAACAAAUUGCUGCAAUUCACCGUGCAAAGGGCCUUGGCCCACAAGAACCUAAUGCUAUUGGUCCGGGCAUUGGCCCUGCUGCCGCUCCACCUCCCCCGAUAACCACCCUCCCCCCGCCACCCGCCUCGCUACCUGCUCCUCCUACUCAAGCGACAACCGCUAAUCCAAACUUUGCUACCGCUACUGUGUCAUCCGGACCUCAGCCGGCGUCAGCGUUUCAGCCACCUCCGGUCAUGCUUCCCCCACUUCAUUACCAGGGUCUCGACGCUGUGCAGCCGUUCGGGUUCCAGCCUCCACCUCCUGGCAUGCAUCCUCCACGCAUGCCAGGGCCACCGCCACAGACAGGGACGGUGCGAAGCGCUGACCAAGUCGAAGGGCUUGAGGAACAACCCCAGGUUAAGAGACAAAAGAUUGCUAAACUUCCAGGAGGGGCACUCUACCCUGAAGCAGACUGGAUCGCCAUGCAUCCCUACACUAUAUCGCUUAGCAUCCAACUUCCCAGCGACCCUUCGAAGCCGGAGUGGAAGUUGGACGGACAAGUUGUGACGGUGUCUGACCUUCCGCUCACGCUUCUUGUAUCCACUCUCCGUGAUCGCUUCCUGCAAACCACGGGGAGCACCUUACCUGCCUCGAGAAUUCGGUUGUCGUUCAUGGCCAAAAUGUUGACUAAUUCCAACACCAUUGCGUUCUACAAUCUGGAGGAUGAGGAUCUCAUAGUACUAAGCGUGAGUGCGGAGAAGAAGAGGAGAUGA